AUGGAGAGGGGAUUACGUCAAGGAGAUCCUCUGUCUCCCUUUCUAUCUGUCCUAGCUGUUGAUGUUCUUCAUAGGAUGAUUAGAGAGGCGGUGAGGAAUGGGCGCAUUUGUCCGCUCUUGGUUGGCCGAGAUCACAUAGAAUUAUCGCAUCUACAGUUUGCGGACGAUACAAUACUCUUUUGCCCUCCAGAAGAAGAGACCAUACGGAACUAUAAGCGCCUCCUUCGCUGUUUUGAACUGAUGUCUGGGUUGAGCAUUAAUUUUGAGAAGUCCAGCUUCAUUCCGGUUAACUGCGAACAGAGUUGGGUACAGAAGAUGUGUCGCCUGUUGGGAUGUAAGGAGGCCUCCCUCCCUGUUCGAUAUCUUGGCAUCUCCUUGGGAGCGAAUCCGAGGCUAGUGAAGACCUGGAAACCAGUGAUUGACAAGGUGGAUGAAAAGCUUAGUCUGUGA